CCCCAGAUCGUCUCGGCCGUGCACUACUGUCACCAGAAAAACAUCGUCCACCGCGACCUCAAGGCUGAGAACCUGCUCCUGGACGCGGAGGCCAACAUCAAGCUGGCAGAUUUUGGGUUCAGCAACGAGUUCCGCGCGGGCUGGAAGCUGGACACGUUCUGCGGGUCGCCCCCGUACGCCGCCCCGGAGCUGUUCCAGGGGAAGCGCUACGACGGCCCCGAGGUCGACGUCUGGAGCCUGGGCGUCAUCCUCUACACCCUGGUCAGCGGCUCCCUGCCCUUCGACGGACACAACCUCAAGGUGGGGACAUCACUGAACCUGCGGGACCGGGUGCUGCGGGGGAAGUACCGUGUCCCCUUCUACAUGUCAACCGACUGCGAGAACAUCCUGCGGCGGUUCCUGGUGCUGAACCCGGCCAAGCGCUGCACCCUCAUGGGGACACU